GUCCAUCUUCUUCAUUGAUUUGUUACUCAAAAUCAGCAUUUUCUCAUGGAAACCAGCCAACAUUUGUUGGAGUUGGAGAUGCCUGUUGGGUAUAGAUUUGUGCCCACUGAUGAAGAGCUGGUCAAGUAUUAUCUGGCUAACAAAGUACUCUACAAACCUCUCCCGGUUAAGAUCAUCCGAGAAAUUGAUGCCCACGACCUCUAUAGCAAACAUCCCAAAUGUUUAGUGGGAAAUGGUACUUUUAAUGAUAAUGAAAGGGAAUGGCUUUUCUUCAUAUACAAAGAUGAAUAUUUUCUUGGGAAAACAAGAUCAACUCGGAUGGUUGGAAAUGGGAUCGGUUUCUGGAGAUUCAUUGGAGAAGAAGAACCAAUUCACAAUUCAGAAGGAGAUAUAUUUGCUUUCAAAAUUUAUUUGACUUAUUUUUCAGGUUCUCCACCACAUGCUAAGAAAACACAUUGGAGAAUGGAAGAAUACAGAUUGCAGACUGAAAUUAAUGGCAGAAAUAAGCAAGAGGAUGGAGUUUGA